GCAGUUGGCCUAGCAGCACUUUUUUGUAUUGUCAAGCCUUAGUAAGCCUCGUCGCACAGCUGUCAGUUCAGUCAAUUAUUUCGGCAAUUGAGUGUAGAGCACACAGAUCGUUGUUGUAAAGGCGCUGCUAAUAAAUUUUUUUUUCGUUCAAUUGUUGAAAAUCGUCAGAGAACUUGUUAUGGUUUUUCCUACUUCAAAAAUUCACACGACAACGCGCAAACAACAAACUAACCAACCGAACCGCAACGCACUGCUCUGCUCUGAGUACCAGAAACGAAUAACAAACGCGCAAAAGAAAAUCUAGCAAACGAACUUGGGAGCCCACAAAACGCAUUCAGCGACAGCGACGCCAGCAGCGAAGAGAGCAAGCGCGCGUGUGUGUGAGAGCGACAAACUUGCAAUAGUGGGUGAACAUAGUGAGAGCAGCAUAACAAUUUGAGAGAGUAGUCAGCCCACUAUCGUUUAUCAAAAUGGGAGCCGAUGCGGAAAAUGGCAAGAAAAUCUUUGUUCAAAAAUGCGCUCAAUGCCACACAUAUGAAUCUGGUGGCAAGCACAAGCAGGGUCCCAAUUUGGCCGGAAUCGUUGGACGCAAGUGCGGCACUGCCGCUGGCUACAAGUAUACCGAUGCCAAUGUGAACAAGGGCGUUACUUGGACCGAUGCUAAUUUAGAUACGUAUCUGGCAGAUCCAAAGAAAUUUAUACCCGGCACCAAAAUGGUGUUCCCUGGACUGAAAAAGGCCGAAGAUCGCGCUGAUUUGAUUGCAUUCCUCAAGAAGAACAAAUAACUCACAAACAAUACAAUUAUUUCUAGCAAGCAGCAAUUUAAUUUUGAUUUAACGUUGAAAUUUUACCAAUAGAAUAUUAGAGCAAUAAAUUACCGAACAGCAA